GCCUCUGCUGCGAUUGGUCCAUCGGCCGACCGUCUCCCGACAGAAUCCCGGUUCUCCUCGUUCUGACCUAUCCUCGCGGAAAACCGUCACGUCCUCUGCGAACGUCAUUCCAAUUACUCGCUAUCACCAUGAGCUUGCGCAUUGCUUGUCGUGUUUCUCUGCACUCGGGACAUCUGAUCGUUCCUCGAGCAUGCAUUUCGAGACGCGCUUUCAUCCAGACCGCUGCUUCACACACGGAUGAGCCACUACGCGGUAUUCCACCUCCUCUCAAAGGUAUCAAAAUUGUAGACUUGACCAGAGUUCUCGCCGGUCCUCUGGCUACCAUGCUUCUUGCCGACCUCGGCUGAAUGUACUCAGGCGCCGAUGUCAUAAAGGUAGAGGAGAACACUCGAGGAGAUGAUACCAGAUCAUGGCACCCUCCGGCUGCACCCAUAAUCGGGGAUGCUCCUGCUCCCUCCUUGCCUCCCGAGUCCGCGUAUUUCCUCACAGCCAAUCGUAACAAGCGCUCGAUCACUGUCAAUUUGAAGAGACCUGAAGGACUAGAGAUUGUUUAUAAGUUGAUCAAGGAAGCAGAUGUCCUCGUAGAGAAUUACAUCCCAGGAAAGCUUGCGAGUAUGGGUCUUGGAUGGGAGGAUUGCAAGAAGAUCAACCCUCGACUCAUCUACGCUAGUAUCACUGGAUACGGACAGACUGGUCCAUAUAGCAAGGCUGCGGGAUACGAUGUAAUCAUAGAGGGUGAAGCAGGCCUGAUGCAUAUCACCGGUGAACCUGACGGCCCACCCUGCAAAGUCGGCGUAGCGGUGACCGACGUUGCAACCGGUCUUUACACUCAUGGUGCCAUCAUGGCUGCUUUGCUAUCUCGGCAGCAAACUGGGAAAGGCGUUUGGGUCGAUGCUAAUUUAUUCGACUCUCAGAUUGCAGGCUUAGCCAACAUCGCGUCCAACUACCUGAUUUCUGGUCAAGAAGCCAAACGUCACGGUACCGCUCAUCCGUCAAUCGUACCCUACCAAGUCUUCCCGUGCAAGGAUGGGUUCUUGAUGAUCGGUGCUGGUAAUGACAGGCAGUUCAAGUUAUUGGCAGAGAAUAUCCUGCAACGUCCCGAACUCGCAGACGAUCCCAAGUUCUCAACCAACGGCGCCCGAGUGGCAAAUCGAACCGAAAUAGUACAGAUCAUCACGGAUACCCUGAUGCAACACGAACGUGAUCAUUGGUUGGAGAAGUUCUCUGGCUUAGGAGUACCCUUUGGACCUAUCAACAACAUCAAACAAACCUUCGAACAUCCCCAAGCUAUCGCCCGCGGGGUCACAGUUGAAGUCGAUCAUCCCCGCGCAGGCAAGGUUAAGAUGGUUGCACCCGCCGUGACUUACAAUGGGAAGAGGAUGCCUGUUGAAAGACCUCCGCCUUAUCUGUCCCAACAUACCACUGAGGUUGGUAUAGGUUUUGCAAGAGCUUGGGUAUAACGACCAACAGAUCGAGGACUUGCGCGCGAAAAGUGUGAUUUGAGUCCUGGAUAAAUAUGGGGGUGGCUGUCUGGUGUGAGCUUUGCUUAGAUGGGCUUGGAUUCUGUUCAUUGUACAACACUAUAUCAUGCAAUACGGCGAACGAAAAUGUCGCAUCUCAUUGGGCCUCUUGACAUAAUGUAGGUGCCAGGGGGGUCAUCUCAUUUUUGUGAGAAAUAUUUUCUGAGUGUUCACGAUAACGCCCCAAAAUACCCAAAUAUAUAUUUACUCCGGGA